AUGGCUCCAGCUAUUGGAGCAUCCCUGUCAGCACCAUUCCUAGGACCCUCCAUCGGAGCACCAAUUGGGCCAUCAUUUGCGGCAGGACCGAUCGGACUUCCGGCUGGACCGAUCGGACUUCCGGCAGGACCGAUCGGAAUCCCGGCAGGACCGAUCGGACUUCCAGCGGGACCAUUCCUUGGAGGCGCGUUUGCCCCUGCAGCCCUUCCCGCUCCGGGUCCAGUGUUUGCUCCUGCACCUCCUACAGUGGCCGUCGCACCAACAGUCACACGCAACAUUUUGACCACCGUGCAGCAACCUGUCCCGGUGCCCUAUCCACAGCCCGUCCCCGUGGACCGUCCCGUACCGGUCCCAGUGCAUGUGCAUGUCCCGGUCGAUCGUCCCGUACCGGUACCGCAUCCCGUUGCCGUUCCCGUCCACGUGCCUCGUCCCGUCCCGGUUCCAGUCCCACAACCAUACCCAGUAACCGUUACCAGAACUGUGGCUGUGCCGGUUCCCCAGCCCUACCCGGUGCAUCAUGCCGUGCCCGUCCCGCAGCCCGUCCCCGUGCCUCAGCCCGUUCCGGUUCCGCAGCCUGUUGCCGUGCCGCAUCCGGUUGCUGUGCCGCAUCCGGUGGUGGUACCGGCACCCGUUCCCACCCUUCCGAUCGCAUCGCUGCCGGCCUACGGUUACGGUUACGGUUACGGUGGUUUUCUGCCUUCCUAUGGCAAGGUGUACGGUGGUGGUGUAACGCUGCAGAAGGUGUACACCGGCCACCAUCAUGGGCUCGGCUUGCUGGGGCUGAAAAAGUAUCUCGGAUAGGUAGAGUGAUGGUUUAUGUUUAAGUCAUUUCAGUGUCAUAACGUGUGCGGAAAUGGUUCUUUAGACUGUUUGAGUUACGAUAAUGUUACUGCGUGUAAGACGAGAAGAAAAAAAAGGUCUUGCAAAGGCAGUGCAUUGUUUAGAGUAUAUUCGCCAAAUAAAACAUGUUUCUUGUCUAAUAAUUUUACCAUA